CGCGCGGUGGUCGUCGACGCGCGCGGAUGGCGACGCCGGCGCCUCUCGCGGCGGCGACGCCGGUCGGCGGCGCGGCGGCGCCGCUCCCGCAGGCGAUCCAGUUCCGGGUCAUGCGCACGUGCGCGCCGACGCUCAAGAUCGACACGCCGUCGCGGUUCGCGCUCGACGACCUCGGCCAUCCCCCGUGCGCGCCGUCGACGUCGACGUCGUCGGACGUCGCGUUCGAGUCGCGCGUCGAUCUCGGCCUCCGCGCGUCGCGCGCGUCCGGCGUCACCGGCACGCUCUGCCUCCCGCAAGCGUUCGGCAACGUCUACCUCGGCGAGACGUUCGCGGCGUACGUCUCCGCGAUCAACUCGAGCGAUCGCGUCGUGCGCGACGUCUCGUUCAAAGCCGAGCUGCAGACGGAGCGGCGUCGCGUCGCGCUCUUCGACAACGCCGCGGAGGCGGCGCCGACGAUGCCGCCGGGCGCGACGUUCGACUUCACCGCGACGCACGAUCUAAAAGAGCUCGGCGCGCACACGCUCGUGUGCGGGGUCGUGUACACGGACGCGGACGGCGAGCGGAAGUACGCGCCGCAGUAUUUCAAGUUCAACGCGGCGAACCCUCUCGCGGUGCGCACCAAGGUGCGACCGGGACGCGACGGACGCGCGUUGCUCGAGGCGUGCAUCGAGAACGCGACGCCCGCGCCGUUGCUGCUGAGCCGCGCGACGUUCGAGCCGUGCGCGCACUUGGAGUGCGACGAGAUCGUCCCGGCGUGCGUCUCCGGCGCGGGCGUCGUCAUUCCAGAGGGGGACCCGCAUCGGGGAGAAGAAGGAGGAGGCGGCGGAGGAGGAGGCGGAGGAGGGGCCCGAGACGCCGCCGCCGCGGGAGGGUCGGGACUCGGCGAGGGGUUGCCGUCGCUCGCGAACCGCCCGCUGCGCGUGCUGUCGCCGCAGGGCGGGUCGACGCACUUCCUGUUCGAGCUUCGACAGAGGCCGGACAUAACGGUCACGAGCGACACGUUAGGGAAGCUCGAGAUUCGAUGGACCGGGCACAACGGCGAAGCCGGGCGACUGCAGACGCAGCAGAUCGUCGGCUCGCCGAGGAUCGGCGGGAAAGACGUCGAGGUCGCGUUCGCCCACGGCGCGCCGCCGAAGACCGCGCGCGUGCACGCGCCGCUGACGUUAUCGUGCGUCGUGACGAACAAGACGGCGAGCGCGACGCGCGCGUUGGAGGUCAUCGCGCAGCCAGACUCGGACGUCGUCGGCGGCGGCGCGACGGGCGGCGGCGGCGGCGCGACCGGCGCGACCGGCGGCGCGACCGGCGGCGGCGGCGGCGUCGCCGGGAUCCUCGUGGACGGCCCGCAGCGGAUCGCGAUCGGGGCGUUGCCCCCCGGCGGCGAGCGCAGGGUGGAGCUGACGUGCGUGCCGACGCUCCCGGGGACGCGGCGACUGCCGAUCGUAUCCGUCGCGGAGGCGCGCGGCGACGGGGACGCGCGCGGCGGGCGCGUGUUCGACCAGCUGGCGCGUUUCGAGGUGCUGGUCGAGCG